GAAGAGGCUGUUGUUGUUGAAUGGGAUGGAAGACGGAGACAAGACGAACGAGACGACGUCACGCCAAACCGGUUUCCUCUGUUUCCGACCACACUCAUGGCCACGAUCCUCCCCAUAUUCUUUCUCCUUGCCAUCGUCGCUGGACUGAUGACGUGUGCCGCGUUGUUUACCCCCAAGGGCCCCAACCAAGUGGUUAUACGGACUGCAGUAAUGCUUACACUCGCGGCUUGCUAUCUUAUGUGGAUGGUUACAUACCUUGCUCAGCUCCAUCCUUUGCUACAACCUCAACGUUCAACAGUCAAGCCAGAGUGA